CCCUCAGAAUGGCGUGUGUGGAGGUGAGACGCAGCGUGAGACACCAACGCUGUCACUGUGGGCGUGUUAGCAUGCUGAUGUUAGCAGUUAGCUCAGACUGCGUGUGAUAAACUGGACCGAACGAGUCACAACACUGAACUCAGAAACCACAACCAGCAGGAAAAUAAGGAAUCAUCACUUAUGCAAUCUGCACACAGGCUCACACAGGUGUGUCUCAGCAGGUAGGGGCACACAGGCUCACACAGGUGUGUCUCAGCAGGUAGGGGCACGCAGGCCGCAGGCUCCACCCCUGCUUGUUCAGUCACGGUCUUCAUGGUAACAGGGCCGAGCCCUGAGAGUACGAGAGAGAGAGAGAGAGACGGGUGGGGUGUGAGAGUCCGCUCGUAAACCCAUAAACAGUCCCCGUGACGUGAUCAGGUGAGUCUCCAGGUGUGAAACCGGUUUCUCCGUGGCUGUUAGUCCUGAACCUGUCUCACCUUGCUGGACCGUCUCACCUGGCUGCUGCUGCUGCUGCUGCUGCUGCUGCUGAGGGCGAGCGAGCUGAGCGAACACAGUGUUUGUCAACAGGAACAAGAUGGAGUCCAGAGAGGAAGAACAGGAGGAGGAGUCACCCAGGUCACCUCUGGAGGACGUUGCCACGACUACCACCACUAAUACUGCUGAUACUACGCGUACUGUCAAUACUGCAGCUGCUGGUAGUACUUUAACUUCCACCUCGACUCCUGUAGCGCCGUCAGCUGAUGACACAGAUGGGGAGGAGACAGAAGAAGACGACUCUGCUGGAGUGGAGGCAGCUGUUGAGGACAAGUUUGUCUCCAAGCAGAAACCACAGACGCCGACCGGAGACAGACCAGAUCCUCCCAGCAGCCUGGCCUUGUCACGACCAACCAAGAAGAAAGUCCUGAUGGCGCCGGCGCUCAGUCUGUCUUUAGGUCGCAGUGAGUCGACGGUUUCAGACGACUUCCCCUCGGCCUUCCUGUCCCCCUCACCUGAAGACGACGACGACGAUGAUGACACGGGGCUGGACUUUGACCUGGACGGCAUGGAAACGCCCUCUGACUGCGAAUCACUGCCCUUCCCCAUGUACGACCUGGACAUGGAAGACGACCUGCGGCGUCUCGGCGUGGCGUCCCGGACUCGCAGAGCGGUCAGCCCCGGUCCCAGGUUUGAUUCCCUGACUGGUUCUGAACCAGGGGCGGACCACAGUGUACUGGGGGGUCUGGAGCGGGAGGACAUGGUGGACGGUCAGGGCACCAGGUGGCGCUGCUUCUCCACAGGUGAACCGCCGCAGGAGAGCCGGGUCAACAUGAGCGUCCUGGAGCCGUUUCUCCGGGUGCUGUCACACGGAGGUUACUACGGAGACGGAAUGAAUGACAUCAUUGUGUUUUCUUCCUGUUACCUGCCGCGGAAUAGUUUGGAAAACUACCAGUAUGUGAUGGAUAACCUGUUCAGGUACGUCGUGGGAACUCUGGAUCUGAUGGUCGCAGAAAACUAUGUGAUCGUUUAUCUUUGUGCUGGAGGUCAGAAAGACAAACUACCAGGAAUCAGCUGGCUCAGAGAGUGUUACACCACCAUCGACAGGAGGUUGAGGAAGAACCUGAAGAGUUUCUACGUGGUUCAUCCCACCUGGUACAUCAAAGCACUCAUUACCAUCAUCAAGCCCUUCAUCAGCUCAAAGUUCAGCAGGAAGCUCCAGUUCGUCGACACCCUCAAGACUCUUUCUCAUUUCAUCCCCACUGAGCAUGUGCAGAUCCCAGACUGUGUCACGCAGUACGACCGGAACCUGCACAGGUGAGACUCCAGGUGGCUGCUGGAGUCUCCCUCCCUUCUUCUGAGGUAACAGGUGGAGCUUUAGCGUCUGUUCGAGGACGACCGCCGGCUGUUGGCGAGCAGCGCGGAGCCAAAAUGGAGGUGAAGAACAGAAACUCAUCCAGGCCUCCUGCUGCUCCUCUGCAUCUUCUGUCUUCACUGUAAUGCUGGUUUCACACACAACGCGAAUUUUACAUUGCAAUCACGUUUAUCGUUUGAGUUUGACUGCUGAAUGCAAAUAAACGCAACCCGCCAUCACUACAGCUGUUUGAGUCCAAAAUAAAGAAUAUGCUGUGAUUUAGUUGGAAUAAACGGAUCAAACUGAUGCCGAAAUUACUCAAUCGUGAUGCUGAUUUGUUUAAAAUAUUAAGUCAUGCUUUGUCGGGUCGGUCAGCAAGAUGACAAGCAAACAACUUUUAAAAUGCUUGUUUUCUGAAUGGAGUUCGGCUCGUUCAGGGCUACGCUAUGCUACCUUCUUCCAGCGUUGUGUGUGAAACCAGCAUAAGAGUUUAUUGUAACGUGUCAAACAUGUCAAGCAGUGUGAAAAUAUUAACUUUCACUCUGAAAGAUAACACAUUGGCAUAUUUCAUAUAAUGAAACACAGCGAACUAAUGUUUCACCAAGCUGUCCCUUUGCAUUAUGAGGGCAAAGUUCUGAAAGGUAUUUUGUUAUCUUGCUGCCACAAAUGAUUACCUUGUUAGCGCAGGGUGGAUUUUUUUUUUUUAUCUUGCAAGACAGAAAAUGUGCUCCUUGUGUUUGUUAGGCUCCAACGUGUUUCCUCUGCAGGUUCCUGUUAUUGUGUCUGACGGCUUUUAUUUGGUGUUUGAACCCUUUUUAAAGUUCAACUCGCACAGAAGAUGAAAAGUAUGAUUGCUGCUUUAAAACCUCUUUGAAUAACAUCUUCGUGAAUAAGAGCCCGAGUGUGUCCGUUUGAGACUUUUCAAGGUGAAAGUUUUUGUAACCUGGUGAAGGUUUUUUUAAAAAGAAGCUCUUUCAGUAUUCUCUGUCUCUGCAGGAUGACUUUGUUUUUGUUAAAGGUGAAUUAUGUUUGGUGCUGAAUAAACAUCAUGAUGUUUCAGUAUUUGGA